AUGGCUUCCCCGCCUCCAGCAUUCCCUCCCGGCUUCGAACCACCAGGCCAAAAUCUCUUGAUUGCCCACGCCUCCCUCAUGUGUGUUGUAUUUGUCCUUUUCCUCCCUAUCGCAGCACUCACCACUCGUUCCCCUUUGAAUGCAAGGGUGACUCGCGUCCAUGCCCCGUGGCAACUGCUCAAUGUGGUCAUCGUCAUCAUCGGAAUGAGCUUGGGCAUAUCAGUGGCCAAGAAGCGUCAUAUCCCCAUGGGGUCGACACCACACGUGGUCCUGGGAUUUGUCAUCGUCGGUUGUCUGAUUGUACUGCAGCCGGCAUUAGGUAUCGUCCAGCAUCUCUACUUUCGCAAACACGGACGUCGAGGUCUUUUUGGCUGGACACAUAUCCUUCUCGGACGAAUUUUGUUGAUAUUGGGAUUGGUCAAUGGGGCUCGUGGGUUCAAACUAGCCCGUGAUAACAAAGACGCACCUUACUAUGCUAUUUUGGGUGUGAUCUGUCUUGUCUAUGUGGGCGUGUUGUUGUGGGAUUGGUUCGGCCCCAAGUAUCUGCGAGACAAACAACAACGACAUGGCACUUCGGGGAGGAACAAUUCCAACAGUGCCAAUGGCGAUGAGGUAGAGAUGCGUACUCCGCCAGAGGACAGAACAAAAUGA